UCAUUAUCGUCUCUCUGCAAUGUCCAUGUUAUUUGGAAGUUUGAAAGAGUGGACGAAUACAGCAAUACCAUUCAAGCAAAUCGCUCUUGGAACUUGAAGGAACACCAAUGAGAUUCUUCAGAUCAGCUCGCUGAUAGAGAUUCAAAAAAUAAAACAGCACCGCUGUUCAAUAUACGAGUGACGAUAAAUAUCACCGCUUCCAAGUAAAUCAGAAAUCACGACAACACCCGGAAAGAGAAGAUGGCAACUCAGAGCAACAACACCCCAGCCGCCACCGGCACGCCGCACACAAUCCCCCCCACAGCAAUCCUCACAACCGAGAAGUUCUAUCUGCGGCGCUAUGAGGCCGCAGAUGCAGAGGCUAUGUCGGCAGCCGCCAACGACCCAGAGCUAGCCAAGUACCUGCGGUCCCGGUUCCCGUCGCCGUACACGCUGGCCGACGCCGAGUCUUUCAUUGCGCACUGCAACUCGCUCGCUCCGCCCGCGCUGACCUUCGGCAUUUUCACCGUCGAGGCGGGCGAAGUCGCCGGCACCGUGUCGCUCGAGCCGCCCAAGGGCGAUCCCAUCUACGGUGGCACGCGGGAGCUUGGGUACUGGGUGGCGCGGAAGUUCUGGGGUCAAGGGAUCAUGACCGAAGCUGUCAAGGCUCUUACACGAUGGGCUUUUGCCAACGUCCCCGAACUCUUGCGCAUCGAGGCUACUGUUUUCGAAGGCAACAAGGCAAGUGAGCGUGUGCUCGUAAAAGCUAGCUUCGUUAAGGAGGGGACCCGGAGGAUGGCUAUUGUCAAGGAAGGCAAGGCGAUGAACGAAGAGAUGUUCGGGCUUAUUCGUGCUGAUGUACAAGUUUGAAUUUAUCAUCCGCUCUCCAAGAGGUUAGAGGCAGAUGUGUGGUUAAUUUGCGAAGUAGCGUACUAUUCGUUUCACAUAGCCAUAUAAUUCGAGAAGGCAAUCUACAUUAAAGGGGCACAUAUGUCUAAAUGUUGCAUGACUCUGAGCAAGAAUGAGUAUAGGAGAUUUCAAAUUAUAGAAUAAUGAAAACCAUUAGAUAUUGCCCACAAAGGGUAUGAUUAUUUAACAGCAUUCUAAUCUAGGUUGUUUGUAGCAUAUAGAGAAGCAGAUACAUCUAUAACGCUUUGACCAUAUUCAUUCUACUGAGCUCUCCUGCCAAACUUCUUCGUCCACCGAGCGUCGAUACGAGACAGGUAAACAGCCCUCUGGCUUUCCCUCGUGUCGAGAUCGGCCGCUUCCAGAUCGCCACAAUCCGGGCGUUUCACUACGUUCGCAGUUAGCAAAAGGAGAGAUGAUGCAAAAAUUACAAGGAAAGCUAAUAAUUAUGAUCAGGG